CGCAGCUGAACCCGGCAUCGGCGAGCACUCCAGCACGUUGUGAAGCCGCUGGCGACCGACGAGGUGAUUCAAAGAAAUCACUUUACUGAGCGACAUUUUUUGAUAAUUGACUCACUGACAUUUCCAGUUGACCAAAGAAAUGGUGAUGGAGAAGCCAAGUGCCCAGCUGGUCGGGCGGGAGUUUGUCCGACAGUACUACACACUCCUGAACCAGGCCCCCGACUACCUUCACAGGUUUUAUGGGAAGAACUCGUCUUACGUGCAUGGUGGUCUGGACAGCAACGGCAAACCAGUCGAGGCUGUUUAUGGACAAUCUGAGAUCCACAAGCGAGUGAUGGCCCUGAGUUUCCGGGAUUGUCACACCAAGAUCCGACAUGUGGACGCCCAUGCCACCCUGAACGAGGGCGUGGUGGUGCAGGUGAUGGGUGAGCUGUCCAACAACAUGCAGCCCAUGAGGAAGUUCAUGCAGACCUUUGUGUUGGCGCCUGAGGGGACUGUCGCGAACAAGUUCUACGUCCACAACGAUGUGUUCCGCUACCAGGAUGAGGUCUUCGGCGACUCUGACUCUGAGCCCCCCGAGGAAUCUGAGGACGAGGUGGAAGAGAUCGAGCCCCGGGUUCCCUCUCCCGACGUCACACAGGAAGAGUCAGCCCCGUACUAUGACCCGACACCCUGCUCUGAGCCUGUUCCUCCUGGUGACGACGAAGAAGCCGCUGCAGCGACUCCCGAGCCUGAGCCAGAGGUGGAGAAGGAAGCUGAAGCCCCAGUGGAUCUGAAGACCGAAACAAUGCUGGAUACACAAACCGAAACGCACACAGCUGAUGACCAGACAGAGAAAAGCCUCGCCCCAGCUGCCACAGAACCUGCCGCCGUGACCGAGCCUGCCCCCGCAGCCCCGGAGGAGAACAGGCCGUUCUCCUGGGCCUCCGUAACAAGCAAGAACCUGCCCCCUGGUGGAGUCGUCCCCGCUUCAGGAUUCCCACCACAUGUUGUUAAAGCUCCUCCCACAGCACCUCCCAGAGUGGAGGUGAAGUCAGAGUCCCAAACUGCAGCACAGCGACCACAGAGAGACCAGCGGCCGAGGGAACAGAGGCCUGGAGGUCCCCCACAGGUUCACCGAGGACCCCGGCCAGUUCGUGAAGGCGAACAGGGCGAGUCUGAAGGCCGAAGGGUGAUCCGUUACCCUGAUGCCCACCAGCUGUUUGUGGGCAACGUCCCUCAUGACGUGGACAAGACGGAACUCAAGGAGUUCUUUGAGCAGUACGGUACAGUUCUGGAGCUGAGAAUCAACAGUGGGGGGAAGCUUCCCAACUUCGGCUUUGUGGUGUUUGACGACUCUGAACCAGUGCAGAAGAUCCUCAGCAACAGGCCCAUCAAGUUCCGAGGCGACAUCCGUCUCAACGUCGAGGAGAAGAAAACCCGGUCAGCAAGGGAGGGCGACAGGCGGGACGUGAGGCCUCGUGGUCCCGGGGGGCCUGGCGGCCCCAGAGAGCGGAUAGGAGGUGGCGGGGGAGGAGCCCGAGGACCUCCCACGCGUGGGGGAAUGGCACAGAAACCCAGCUUCGGGUCUGGACGGGGCGCCGGGCCGAACGAGGGGCGCUAUUCUGCCCAGCGCCAGUGAGGCUCUGAGCUCCAAACCUGAGUUAGUUAACCGCGUCUGUUUAGUUUGCUUUUCCCGCAGCAGGGACAAACUUGAUUUCUGUAAAAUAUCCCCAGUACUUCACACACAGGAGGAAGCGAUUAUGAAUUUGGAGUUGUAUUUAGGGCUUUAACCCUAUGAUGGACUGACAAACCCGUCCAGGGUCUUCACCGCCUCUGUCAGCUGGGAUUGGCUCCAGCAAGCCUGACAUUUCUUUUCUCUUAGCGAGUGGAAAACAUUGGUACUCACCUAGACUGCCACUGCUCCUCGAUGUGUAGCCCUUUCCAAGGUCAAGUAUGUAGUCGGGAUUCAUGUCGGUAACUGACGCAGGUUUGGACGUUGCUGUCGAGUCGCACCAGCUCCUGCUGAAAUGAACAGCCAGUCCCAACACGGUGAAGACGGCUGCCUCCCCCCCUUCCCCCUCACCUGCUGCUUUUUGUUCUCCUACUGGAGGAAUCCAGAAUGUCGCUCCUCAUCUUCUCUUCGCUUUCUUCCUCCAUUCGUCUCCCUUUUUCUAUUCCACCAACACGUAUUAUCUGGACAUUUGUUUUUUUGUUUUUCAUGCUGAACUUGAAUUUAUUAAGAAGCUAAACACAAACACAUGAAAAAAGGGGUAAAUACUACUUGAAUUGGGGAUUAAAAAAACCCAGAAUUUAGGUUUUUUUGUUCGCGUUCUCUCACCCUGUUUCUUAAAGGAACGUGUACUUUACUGCUUGGGCAAUCCUGUGUAUUGCUGCCACCGUUGAGUCUAGCGAUGGAUCUGUCUUAUCUUUUUAUUCUACCAGACCAUUAGCUUGAACUGUAGUGGUUUUGUUUUGACUAAUGUUGCCGUGUAAUAUUUCCCCGACGCGUCCGAACAGAGCAUGUAUGAGAUCAUGUAAGGCUUCUACUUCUGAUGCAAUUCAUUUGUCACCCUAAAAAAAGCUCACCUGCCGAUGAGAGAACUAAAUUAAAAAAAGAAUAACUGUUUUAAAUUGUGCUGGUUUUGUGUCUUGUUACAUUCUCCAUCAAAUGAACAGCAGCCAGGUUCAUGUGUCCCAAACAGCAACAAUGAUUGUAAAGUACGUCUUUCUGUUGUCACCUGAAUAAAA